AUGCAAAUAAAUGAAGGACACAGCACACCUUGCUUUGCAGGCCCAUUUUUACAGUGGAGUCAAUGGCAGUUGCUUGAUUCUCUUCUACCUACUGGUGGAUUUGCUCAUUCGUUUGGCCUUGAAGCAGCAGUUCAGACUCACUUAGUGUCUGAUUCCAAUGAUCUUAAGACGUUUGUUAUUCAUAUAUUGGAGAAUACAGGAAGCUUACUGCUUCCUUUUGUGUACUCAGCUUCCAUGUUGCCCACUUUGGAAAACUGGCAUAAGCUUGACAAAAUAUUGGAUGCUACCCUAACCAAUGAAGUGAGUCGAAAGGCAUCAAUCUCGCAAGGAUCUGCACUGAUGAGGGUGGCUUCAGCUGUGUUUUCUGAGGUUCCCUCCCUCAAAACCAUGAGAGAUGCUUCUCUGGGUUUAGGUACUGUAUCUUUUCAUCAUGCACCUGUAUUUGGACUUAUAUGCGGAGCCUUAGGGUUUGAUCGUACUAGUUCUCAGAGAGCUUACAUGUUCAUCACAAUGAGAGAUGUGAUUUCUGCUGCUACACGGCUAAAUUUGAUAGGACCACUUGGUGCAGCACUGUUGCAGCAUCAGGUUGCUCCUAUUGCUGAAGUUAUUUUGGAAAAAUGGAUGAACAGUGCGGUUGAGGAAGCAUGUCAAACUAUGCCUCUGCUAGAUACUGUGCAGGGUUGCCAUGGUUACUUGUUUUCAAGACUUUUUUCAUCAUAG